AUGUCUGAAACUACAGAAACCACAGAAUCGGAAUCAGCGAUUCAGAAAGUGCCCUCCCAUAUAGUCCCUGCUACUUCUUAUGGAUAUAAGAUGGAAAAGCAGGGAGCACAGAAUAUUGCCUUGGUGAAUGGUACACCUUAUCCCGUUCCAAAGUUUGAUGAUCCAUACAAAAAGAGAGAGUGGAUGUUGGAGCAUAUGGCAGGGGCAUUUAGAGUUUUUGGUAGAAGAGGAUUUGGAGAGGGUUCUGCUGGACAUAUAUCUAUUAGGGAUCCGGUGGAUCCAAACACAUUCUGGAUUAACCCUCUUGGUGUUCACUUCUCAUUAUUGACUGCCUCUGAUAUGAUACAUAUGGAUAUGGAUGGCCAUAUGCUCAGAGAUGGAAAUACAACGGGUUCAGUUAAUGCAGCGGGCUUUUCGAUUCAUUCAGCAUUUCUGAAAGCACGUCCAGAUGUUAAUGCUGCAUGCCACACACAUUCGGUCUUUGGUAAAGCAUACUCCGCAUUCGGUAAACCCCUUGAUAUGCUUAACCAAGAUGGAUGUCUUUUUUAUAAAAAUCAGGCUGUGUACACAGGCUUCGGAGGAGUCGCAAUAGAGAAGGAAGAAGGUCGCAGAAUUGCAAAAGCUGCCGGUAAGGCCAAUGCGAUCAUAUUGCAGAAUCAUGGUUUGCUGACUGCCGGAACAACUGUCGAUGAGGCGGCAUAUCUUUAUACGUUAAUGGAGAGGACUUGUCAAUGUCAGUUGCUUGCAGAUGCUGCUGAAAGUGAUGGAAGAAAAAAAGUCAUCAUUCCAGACGAGACAGCUGAAUACACAAAGUUUAUGGAUUAUGACCCUGAAUCAAUGUAUCUUGAAUUUCAAGUGGAUCUGGGUUAUGAGAUUGCAAAAGAUAACAGCUUCAUGAGUUUCACUAAUGCAAAAAAUGCUAAGUAA